GGGCCCAACACGAGGCUCCCGGACUCCUCAGUUCCUUCGCUCCUCUGUAACCCGGGGCGGCCGACGAGGCCGGGACCACCGACGGCGACGAUGGGCGGCGGCGAGGGCAAGUCCAAGAAACGCCGCUCUUCUACCUCCUCAGCGGAUGAAGAAGGGGGGGAACGGAAGAGGCGGGACAAGAAGGAGAGCAAGAGGAGGAGCCGAGACGACAGGGAGGAUGACGAUGACAGACACAAGAAGAAGGGGAAACACAUCGACAGGAACAAAGGAAAAGAGAGAGAUUCGAAGGAUAGGCAUUCCAAGGAGAAGACGAGCAAGAGAAAAGACAAGGACGCUGCCUUCAAAGAAAUAUCCAAGGAUGACUACUUUGCAAAGAACAACGAGUUCGCUACCUGGUUGAAGGAGGAAAAGGGCAAAUAUUUCUCAGAUUUGUCUUCAGAGUCUGCUCGUGAUCUUUUCUUGAAGUUUGUGAAACAAUGGAACAAAGGCAAGCUGCCAUCACAAUACUAUGAGGGGAUUACGAGUGGCCCACGAUCAGCGCACAAUUGGAACAUCAAAGCAUGAUACGUUUUCUGGUUAAUCGGGUCCUUCGGCUUGAGAUGUUUUUUGCUUUCCUGGCGAGAUUUUUCUAAUAGUUGCAUCUAGCAACUGCUUUUAAUAUUCUGGGUUGUUGUAUUUAAGCUGAUGUUCAGAAUGUCUGUCUAAGCAGGAGGGUAGAUCGUGGGUCUCUCUAGUAUCCAGUGUUUAACAUCAACGCUACUUUUCCAUUGAUCACUACUGUUUGAUCCUACAAUGAGCAAACAUAUUGUUUCU